UCUACCAAAGUUCAAGACAGGCCAAUCUGCUGGAUGCGAUCACCACUAUGCUUAUGCCAGCGAGCAUGGAGAUCUUUUGUGAGCACAAACAAAAUUGUGUAUGUCAAGAGAGUUGUGGAGUUCCUGACAAGCUUGGCUCCACUGACGACACUUGCAAUCAUAUCGUUUCUGUGUUAUUAUUCACAUCAGCUCCUGGAAGCUAACAACACGAAUACAGUUGUGGUAUAUUUCUUCUGCAUUGAAUUGUUUGGCAAUUGGCUCUUAUUUUUUUUCAACAAAAGUUAUAUUGACAAGUCAUCAGGAAACAGUGAGCUAGCACCUGGUUUAUCACACGAUGAUUGCAAACAGCUGCGCUACUGUCCAACUUGCAAAAUAUAUAAACCUGAGAGAAGCCACCACUGCUCGCUCUGUGAUCGCUGCAUCCACCAGCGAGAUCACCAUUGCUUCUUCCUCGGAACUUGCGUGGGAGGCUACAAUUUAUGUUACUUUAUAUUCUUCUGUUUUUAUGCUUGUAUUGGGUGCAUCUAUGCGGCAAUUUUACUUCAUGGAUACUACUCAGGGACAUACUUAAGAUCAUUUUGGUCCUCUCAGUUCCUCUACUACUUUUACCCCGUGACGUUAAUCAUGUGGAUGUGUGGAAAAGCUGACUUAGCUGAGGUUGGAUGGGUCACAUUACUCUAUAUAGCUUCAGCAACAGUUGUUUUUACUGGCUUCUGUGUUAUACAACAGUUGAUCUAUGUUUUAAGAGGUCAGACUGCUUAUGAAUAUAACAAGGGUCUACUCAUGGUGCACCGGUCAGCAUUCCACAAUUUUCUGCAUGUUUUUGGCCGCUACUGGAUCCUGCACCUCCUCAUCCCCUUCCCACGUCGUCGCACUAUCACAGAUCCAAGGAGCUUUCUCAAAAUUGUCUGAGACUUUGGAAAUUGCACUUUCUGUUUGGUGUUAGUUUGUGAUAAAGGAUGCAAAGUCAUGGUAUUUGUUCUUGAGCAUUUUUGUAAAUAUUUGUACAUUUACACGAUUUGUCUACAUCUGCAGAGAACACUCACAGAGAAAUACAGGCAAGCAGACAAACAACAACACAUACAGACUCAGACAAACAAACACAUAUGUAUUUGUGGAUGCACACACAUGCACAUGCACAUCAGUAUAAACACAUGAACUUAUAUAUGCAGUUAUACAAUGUUUAGAUAUUUAUUAAAGGUAUACUUAAUAUUGUUUGUGGACAGUUAUGAUCUUAAUUUCUUGUAGCUAUGUAUUUAUGAUUAAAUGGAUAAUUGCAAUCAAUAACUAUUCCAGUUUGUCAAACCAGCUUUGAUUCAUAACAGUUCUCAAUUGUUGGUUAAAAAUGCAGAUUGUGCUUGCAAUAAUAAGCUUGAUUGACAAUGUGGUUUAUGUAUUUUUUAUGAUGUUAUUUUAUGUUGUAAGUGUUGUAGAUCACUGUUUAGAAACUAUAGUAAGCAGUAGCCUACUUUGAUAAUCUGUAAAUUGUAAUAUUUGUAAUAAUUAUGUUCUUUUAUGCACAUGUGCACAGUAUGAAGGAAACAAAAGAUAAGAGUGUUGUGUAUAUCAAUUUCAUACAUAUCAUUUGAAUUUUGAAGAUGUAUAUACAUAUAUGAUAUAUAACGUGACACAGGUUGUCAAAAUAUUUUGGAUUAAGGAUAGCUGUAAGAUUUCUAAGACAGAUAUAGAGACACACAGAUAGAAACAUUGGUACACUGAUACACACACAGAUUUGCAGUUACAGAUACACUCACUCACUCUCUCACUCACUCACUCUCUCACUCACUCACUCACUCACUCACUCACUCACUCACUCACUCACUCACUCACUCACUCACUCACUCACUCACUCACUCACUCACUCACUCACACACUCACUCACUCACUCUCAUACACACAGACGCACAUGCACACGCGCGCUCACACACACAUACACACACACACACACACACACACACACACACACACACACACACACACACACACACACACACACACACACACACACACACACACACACACACACAUAUGCACACACAUACAGAUAUGCUUCCCUCCACACCCAGUCCCACACACCCCACAAAAAUUUGUUUUGCAAAUUUAUUGCACAGUUGUUGAUUUCUAUGGUAAAUGAUUAGUAUAUUGAAAUUAUCAGGAAAAUUAAGCUAAACUACCUACCAGAAUCCAGUUCCUAAUGACAUGAAAAUGAUGCUUGUUGUUGAAAUUUGACAAACAGAUUUAUAUAAGGAGGUGAGACUGUUUUAUACUUUCUAGUCGUAUAUUGUGAUUUGUCCAAGAUGAUAUCAAAAGUUCAGUAUUAUAGGUUGAGAAUCCCAUAUCUGAAAUACUGAAAAGCAACAGACACACAGAAAAGUGAUAAUGAAAACUAUUAUGCAAUAAUAAUAAACCAUUUGCUCUGUGAGUGGUUUGUUGGAAAUACGAGAAAAUUCUGACCCAUUCACAGCCAAAUUGAUGGCUGAUGCAAGUUAUCUUCGCAACACUCCUUAAAGCCAGCAGUACAAACAUUCCUGUCCAAGAUUUUUUUUUUCUAAACUAAUAAUUUAUUUGUCUCACUGUAAUUAUGUUUACUCAUCCUGGUACUUACCCAACUUAAUGAAUUCGGUUUAACCUAGAAAAGAUUUAAAAAUCCUAGAUUAUUUCAGAUUUAGGAUUCUUAUCCUGUGUCAGAUUUCCUGGGUGGUUUCACUUAUUUUUACCCAUUUACUGUGGUUUAUGAAGAUGUUUAUGUAUAUACAUAUUAGCACUAUGUAUAUAUGUUAGCAUGUUUACAUUAUGUUUGCCAGAUUAAAAUUGAUUUUGUAUAUCCAGAAAUUGAUCAAAGACUUGUACAUAAGGGAAAGUUUUGUAUUGCAUGAUUAUUCCUUCUCAUUUUGAUAAUGUACUAUUUACUCCACAAGAUAUAGGAUUUAACAGGGAAUAUGAAUGCAAGAAGCACAUUCAUUUGAAUAAGAAAUGUAAGCUGAUUAGUUGAAAGUAUAUGUUGAUUUGUGGUGUAAGGUAUAAAGCUAUAUUGUGCUAUUAAUUCCUGAUUGAAAUUUAGACAACUGAUAUUUUGCAAAAUUAAAACCAGAUACUAAAUUAGUCACUAUAUUUAUUUUGAUGUUGAUAUUCAUGAUAGGGUUGUAAUCUUUGUGAGACUAAACCACACCUGUUGUCUGCUUCUGUGGUUCAUCUUCAAUCAAAAAAGUAAAAAAAGAAUAGGAUAUUCUGAAGCAUAUAGUAUAAUGUAAAUAAUGAAGUUUGAUAGCUUAGGUGCCCUAUGGUGUUUUAUUCAGGAAUGUAUAUCUUAUGAGAGGCAGGAAU